UACAUUUUAGCUCCCUCAAUUAAUUAAAAAGCUAUAAAUCAUCAAUCUCCAAUUCGUCAUCUAGCGAUGACCCAAGAGGGCCACACCAGAAAAUCUGCAAUUCCAAAUCAAUUCACAACUACCCUCUUCCCUCACACUCACCCAAUUUACAUUUGAUUCGUUUGUCACGAUUCGAAGGUUUCAAGAAUCAUAGUAUUAGUACUACUAUUAGUUGAGUUUCACUCUGAACAUUCUUCACUGCCAAAAAAGAUGUCUUCUUUGCGUAUCCCAUCACUAUCUCGGUUUCAAUCCUCCCCAGCUAUUCAUCGCCGUUUUAAGCAGCGAUGUGUGGUAAAGACUCCAUUUUUCAACGCCCCUUUUGGUGCUGAGUGCUCGACGUUUUUGCCUUCUGCUCUGCCGAAUUCAACCAGCCAGGUGUCUUCUUUCAGUCAGUUGAUUGAGUCUUUAAUAAGUGGGGUGGAUUUAUCGGAAGAUGAAGCUGAGGCAUCUCUUGAUUUCUUGUUGGAUGGUGCUGAUGAGGCUUUGAUUAGUGCAUUUUUGGUGCUGUUGAGAGCCAAAGGAGAAACUUUUGAAGAAGUUGUUGGGCUUGCCAGAGCGAUGGUGAGUCAUUGUAAAAAAGUGGAAGGGCUGAUUGAUGCUGUGGACAUUGUUGGGACCGGUGGUGAUGGCGCGAAUACUGUCAAUAUCUCUACCGGAGCUUCGAUUCUUGCUGCAGCUAGUGGCGCAAAAGUGGCUAAGCAAGGGAAUCGAUCUAGCUCAUCCGCUUGUGGUAGUGCCGAUGUACUUGAAGCUUUAGGGGUUGCAAUUAACUUGGAACCAGAGGGUAUUAAAAGGUGUGUAAAUGAAGUAGGAAUCGGCUUCAUGAUGUCUCCGAUAUAUCAUCCAGCGAUGAAAAUUGUUAAACCUGUCCGGUCGAAGCUGAAAAUAAAGACUGUAUUUAACAUCUUAGGCCCCAUGUUGAAUCCAGCCAGAGUUCCUUAUGCUGUUGUUGGGGUGUACACAGAAGAUCUAGUCCAUAAAAUGGCGAAAGCACUUCAAAGGUUUGGCAUGAAAAGGGCGCUGAUAGUUCACUCUGAGGGACUGGACGAAAUGAGUCCCCUUGGGCCGGGGCUGGUUCUUGAUGUCACUCCGGAUAAUAUAGAAAAGUUCUCGUUUGAUCCACUGGACUUUGGAAUCCCUCGCUGCACGGUGGAGGACUUGCGGGGUGGAGGGCCGGAGUACAAUGCCGACGUGCUGAGGCGCGUUUUAGCAGGAGAAAAAGGGUCUAUUGCGGAUGCUUUGGUGCUAAACGCGGCAGCUGCUCUUCUUGUGAGCGGACGUGUGAACAAUCUAGCGGAAGGAGUGGAUCUCGCUCGUAAAACGCACGAAUCUGGCAAAGCUAUCGAGACUCUCCAUCGCUGGAUCGAGACGUCUAAUAAGAAGGAAGCAGUUGUUGAUGCGCCAGUUGCCGCGUAGAAUACCGACAGGAAGCUGAUAAAACAAUCUUUUUGUUGUUGUUUUUCCAUUUUUGGAACACACAGUUACAUUGCAGAUGUAGAUUUAUUGAAAUAAAAUUUGGAACACACAGUUACAUUGAA